UUUCUCAAUUUACCAUUUACUUUCGUUCAAGAAAUAAGCGAAUUUAUUUAUUUAAUUAUUUAUUUUACUAACUUAUUAAAGAGAGGUAAAUUGGCAGAAUAAAUCCACAGAAGAAGUUGAUGUAUUGAAUUCAGCUUAAAUAGUGUUAAUAACAGCGCACGCCACUGACCGGCUGCCGGUUACCACUCGCCUAGACUUCACGAUUAUCUUCCUUAGCAUUCCACCAUGUUUAAAUUCAACUUCAAUGUAGAAACGGAAGACCAGUCAGAACCCAUGGCAGAGGAGCCCACAGAUGAUCCUUCAGCGGAAAAGGGGCACUCGGAAACCCCCAGAGACUGGUUGCCUGCUCAGUGCCACGAAAUCAACCAAGAGCAUCUGAAUUUUCUUACGGAUGGUUGCGUUGUGGAGGAAGUCACCAUAGGAGAAACUGGGGUCAAGUACAUUAGCAUGAGCUCAGCUUUAGAGAAGAUGGAACAAACUGAAGUGUCAACCAAUAUUGUUCCUGCCUUUCAAGAUCACACUGACCUUGUUCCAGCUGUAUAUGAAGGAGGAUUGAAGAUUUGGGAAUGCACUUGGGAUCUCCUGGACCACUUGUCCUCAAUGAAGAUGAACAUGAACGGCUGCAGGGUUUUAGAGUUGGGUUGUGGAGCAGCAUUGCCAGGACUGUAUGCUGCACUUCAAGGAGCACAUGUUAGUCUUCAAGACUAUAAUGAAGAGGUCAUUAGAUAUAUUACCAUACCUAAUGCUGUGUUAAAUUUGGCCGAUUCCUCAUCUUUAGUCAUCGAUGAAGAAGGAACAAUCGACUGCAAAUUCUCCGAGUCGUCUGUGAAGCAAGUGGCUGAACGCGUUUCAUUCUUCUCUGGAGACUGGAGUGGUCUUGAAAGAAAACUUUUGAUGCAAAAUCCUCAUGAAAAUUCAGAAGUCAAACUGGCGAAAAAUGCAAACACUAGCAGCUCCGAAAGUGACUGUGGCGAGCUAAAGUUUGAUGUGAUUUUAACUUCAGAAACAAUAUAUAAUACAGACUGCUAUGAGAAACUUCUGCAUGUGAUGACCAGUUGCCUCAAGAGAAAUGGGAUUAUCAUUCUGGCAGCAAAGACCCAUUAUUUUGGAGUUGGAGGAGGAACACAGCAAUUCAUCAACUUUGUGAAGAAACAUGAUCAGCUGGAAGUUAAAUCAUUUGUUGCAAACAGUCAAGGUCUGAAACGAGAAAUCCUAGAAAUGAGAUUCAAAAAUAAAUGAGGAGAAUUUUGCAUGUCCUUUUAUUACUGCCCAUGACAGUUUCCCUGUUGUAUAAUCCUUAUAUCCUAAUGGAAGACUUACCAGACAUUG